AUGACAAGUGUCUCGGACGAGACUGGUACAGACUUCUUAGUCCCUUGGCUAAGGGAGACCAGGCAGUCCUGCACACUUUGUUCAAAUGUUGUUGAUAUUUUGCAGGCAAAGGUGGCUCAACUCUAUAGGCUGGAUAAACUGCUACAAGAGGAGAGUGGAACACUGCAUAGUCUACAGCAAGAUAAGGAAAUGCUAGAGCAAGCCCUGGGAGGUCUACGACACAAACUGCAAGUGAUCGACAACAACCCGGUGGAAGCAGAGCGGUAUCGCAAGCAGCAGCGACUACUGGAGCGGGAACUGACGCGCGUCAGGUCCAUUCUGGCUCACAACUCUAAGAAACUGGAGGAGACUGUGGCAGAAAACGCUAGGCUGGAACAGGAGUUGGUUGUACUUAGACAGAAGGUACAAACAUCUCGCCGUAUCCCAGACCCGGCGACUGGACCGACUACAGCCGCGCUGGAAGCCGAGUUACGUCGCGUUCAGACUCUGGUGGGAGAUCUACAGCGUCAGCGACAUGAGCUCAGCAUACAAGUGCGACAGCUCACCGACAAGAGUCGAUCGCUCAGUCAGCAAAUUCGUCCCGGUCCCACUGGAGUCGCAGGAGCAGGCGCUCUAAUGGGUAAGAAGCGACCGCUGCACACCAGCUGGCUGGAGACUGACCUUGACUCUCAGGUGACGCGUGACCUUGGCAUGGAUUCGCGUGACCUUGGCCUAGAUUCUCCCACCCCUACCUCACCAACACCUCCUCCGCCCCCACCACCGCUCUAUGUCAACACUGAUAAUGAUAGUUCGGCUGCUGUCAGUCCUACAAACAUCAGCUCUAAUAAUUCUGAAUUGGCGAGCAGAGACGACAUGAGCCAUCAGAUGCAGUACUGCCGGCCGAUGGACAUAAGCGAGGCAGACGACCGCAUCAAAGCGCAGGAAAUCAAGACGGUGCGCAUCGUGAAGCGCGAAUCGGAGAGGCGGCAGAGGGACAGGGAUAGGAGCGGCAAUAUCGGCAUACCGCUCACUAAUAACAACAUCCCCAACAAACGGUUGCCCUACCUUGAUGAGUACAGUAAUGAGCACCCAAUGACAACAUCAUCGUCAUCAUCAUCGAUGACGUCAUCGGUGACGUCAGUGCUGACCAAAGUGAUGGAGGAGGAAACCCCCUCCUCAUCAGUACCCCCUCCUGCACCCUCGCCGCGCACCGAUUCUGUCAACGCCAUACGAAACCUGGUCAACAGGCAGCAGAUGCAAUUGGCUAAAUCCAAGUUUGACCUGAUGAACGGUGGUAGCAGUAGUAACAGCAGCAGCAAUCAGCUGUCAGCUACCGAACAGCUGUUUGGACCAGCUUCGCCGCAGCUGACAGCUACCGAUCAGCUGUUUUCGUCGCAGCUGACAGCCACUGAUCAGCUGUUCUCACCGCAGCCAACCAAUCAACUAUCACCCCGAUCAGCUGUUCUCGCGACAGAUCAGCUGUUUUCACCUCAACAGUCUGCGAGCGAUCAGCUGUUUUCGCCGCAGUCGACUGAUCAGCUGUUUUCGCCGCAGCUGUCGCCCGUCUACCAGAGCGAGGCCGCGAGGCAGAUCAUUGAGGAGAUGAGUGCCUCGAGGCAAGGUGGCUGUUCGUCGAACAAACGCCUCGUGCCUCGCGAGAAACGUCGUCACCACACUGUUUCCGGGAGGCCGCUCUUCAGGAUAGACACUUCUUAUGCUGCCGGAGGCUCCAGGGACGACCUAGACAUGGAACGCGCUCUCAGACCGCGCCUGAACGCUCCCGACGUUGUGCGGUCCACGCUCAGCCGUGUGGACACCAAGUUCUCUUCAGAGACCAUUGAUAACCUCCUGGGAACUCCCAACAAGAUCCUGAUUCCCGAGCGGUAUGUGCCUGAGACAUCCCCAGAGUUGACAGUUGAAGAGCAGGCGAAACGAAGCAAAAAAGCAGAUGCUAUCAGGAAGAUGUUGUCUGAAACUACAAGCACUGGGACGAUUGUUAAUCAAGAUCCUGUGUCGCCUAAUGAGCCCGGCAUAGUUCUGGAAAAUGCCAGCAUAUUGUCAUUCAAAGGCGAAACGGUCCAAUUCCAAGCGACAACUCUACCCACGCUGUAG